AUGCCAUCCCCUUUCGAAGAUACACUGGAGGCGAUCCGGACUUCUGGGGGUAUUGCACUCCAGAGUCGCAAGGUUGGAGAGGAAGUAAGUGGCUUUGACUUUAAAAUCGUCACACCGGCGGGUCUCGAGUUCAUUGCGAAACAUACGGUAGCGGACGAGGAAAUACAUGAGAUACUCUACUCUAUACUCCCCGAGCCCCGUCUCGCUUAUGUCAAGGUAUACGGCGACAGGCAUUCCCCCGACCACGCGUUCUUCUUCCAUUUAGGCUUCCCCUCGACUUUGUCCCUUGUGGUUCAGCUAUGGUGUUCGGACUCGACUGCUAUAAUCUAUGAGACGUCUCACUUGCAAUCAUUAGAGCGUUCUUUUGAUAAGGAUAUAUCAAAGCAAAAGGGUAUUCUUGCUAUUCACCGUGACAAGCUAAGAAUGAUGAACAUCCCUGGCCGAGAGAUCAACAUGGACGAUGGCGGAAUUGUUUUAGCUGAUAGCCAAACAGGCUUUGGCGUCCAUAAAGGCUUUUGCAUCUGUAUCGGGUUUAUUUCAAAUUCCAAACACCCAGAGAUCCGCGUGGGGAAGAUUCAGUUACACAAAAGCGAUGCGAUGAUCGCAAAGUUGCAGGAGCUUGAGGCAAGAGGACUCAUCCUCAACUACGAGUGGAUCACAUGA